UCACAAAGGAAGCAAAUUGAUGAUAUGGCCACCAUGGAAGACAUGAGCAUGAGUGUGGAAACUGCACUUCCUGGCUUCCGAUUCCACCCCACAGAGGAAGAGCUUCUCGAUUUCUAUCUUAAGAACAUGGUUGUCGGAAAGAAACUCCGGUACGACGUUAUCGGUUUCCUCAACAUCUAUCACCAUGAUCCCUGGGACUUACCUGAUUUGGCUAAGGUUGGGGAGAGAGAAUGGUACUUCUUCGUGCCGAGGGACAAGAAGCACGGAAGCGGAGGACGGCCGAACCGGACCACCGAGAAAGGGUUCUGGAAAGCGACCGGUUCGGACCGGAAAAUAGUGACUCUGUCUGAUCCGAAACGCAUCAUCGGGUUAAGGAAGACCCUGGUUUUCUACAUGGGAAGAGCUCCCAGCGGACGCAAAACCGAUUGGGUGAUGAAUGAGUACCGUUUACCCGACAACUGCAAACUACCCAAGGAAAUAGUGUUGUGCAAGAUAUAUCGAAAGGCAACAUCGUUGAAAGUGUUGGAGGAAAGGGCAGAGAGAGAGAUGAAGCAAAUGGUGGGUUCCCCUGCUUCUCCUCCUUCUUCGACGGACACCAUGUCCUUCGGCAGUCCACAGGAAGAGGCGAACGUGUCCUUGCCUCUGCCCUUGUUGCAGCAUGUUCUUAAGAAAGAGUCUGAAUCUGAAGAAAUAAUGGGGUGUGUAGUGCCUAAACAAGAAAAAACAAGCACCCAAUUGGGUUUGAAGGACAAUAACAACAACAACAAGGGUAGCAGUUGUGGGACAUCUUCCCUACAAAUGCCCUUCGGGAAGGACAAUCUUCCGGACCUGCAACUUCCGAUGUUAACAGAUUGGACCCAAGAUACCUUCUGGGCUCAGUUGAACAGUCCAUGGCUCCAAAACUUAACUCCUUCCAACAUCUUAAACUUCUACUGACUCCACACAGAAUCUAUCAACUGCAACUGCAACUUCAAGUCAAUUACUUAUUAUUAUUAUUAUUAUUAUUAUUUAUUUUGGAAUGUAUAUGCAGUUAGUUAAUUAAUUAAUCAAUUAAGAUCGUAUUUAGCUCAAUUAACUCCACAGCUUUUUCCUGCAUAUACGUCUUUUCCUCCACUUCUGCAGUUUGUCAAACCUUAACCCCUUCUUUCAUCGUUGAAUCUUCAAGUCGAUUUUCAGUGUUCACCCUUUUGGAGAUUUGUUUUGAUGUUUGAUCAUUCUACUCUGUUUUGGCUCAAGAACAUUUGAUAUAAUAAUAAUAAUUGUGGAUCAUUUUUUUU